AUGGCUGCGUCAGACAAAGAGAUCUCCCCCAAGGAGACCUCCUCUCCCUCGCGAGAGGAGGAAAGGGGCGAAGUUCUGAAGAUUGAUAUCAAGAACACGGAUGAGGCAGCGGCCUACCUCACAAACGCUGAGCACUAUGAGCCCCUCACGCCCGCACAGCACAAGAAGUUUAUGCGGAAGGUGGACAUGAUUCUGCUGCCAAUGUUAUUCCUUGUUGCUACCCUCGGAGCGAUCGACAAAGUUGCCCUUGGAACUGCGGCUCUCUAUGGACUUCGUGAGGACAAUGGCCUGGUCGGCCAGCAAUACAGUUGGCUCGGCUCUAUUCUUUCACUGGGUGCCCUUGUUGGAAUGUUUCCAUCUUCAUGGCUUAUCCACCGACUCCCCAGCGCCAAAUACCUGUCUGCCUGCUCCGUCGGCUGGUCUGGUUGCGCUCUUAUCAUGGCAUCAUGCCACAACUUCGCCGGACUCGCCGCUCUCCGAUUUAUCAUGGGAAUGUUCGAAGCCAUCAUUGUCCCAGGAAUCUCUCUGAUUCUCGCCGGUUUCUACCUCAAGGAAGAGCAGCCCCCACGAAACGCCCUCGUUUUCGCCGCCGCCAGUUCGGUCGUCAACGGUUUUCUUUCCUGGGCUAUUGGGCACAUCCCAUCGACUGCUCCCCUGGCUAUCUGGCAAUAUCUGUUUCUUUUGACUGGCUCCGUUUCCAUGCUCUGGUCCAUCAUCGCUUUCGUCUGGCUCCCAGGCACACCGAUGGACUGCUUCUUCCUCACUGAACAGGAGAAGUACCACGCCGUCAACCGCCUUGCAGCCAACAAGACCGGAAUCGUCAACCACACUUGGAAAUGGUCCCAGGCCAAGGAGGCCGUCAUCGACCCCAAGACCUGGAUCAUCUUCUUCUUCAACAUUGCCAUCAACAUUCCUAAUGGCGGUCUGACCACGUUCGGCGGUCUCAUUAUUGCCGGUCUCGGCUACUCUGGCGUCAAUGCGUCUCUUCUGACGAUGCCCACCGGCGUCAUGUCCACGCUCGCCGCUUUCGUCUUCUCCCUCAUCUCGGCCAAGUGGAAGAACCGCCGAUGCUUGGUGACCAUGCUGGCCUGCGUGGUUCCCAUCGUGGGCACAGCUGUUGUCAAGGCCCUCCCCCGCUCCAACCUGGGAGGCCAGAUGGUGGGCCUGUACCUUCUCUACACCUACUUCGGCCCUUACGUGGUCGGUAUCGGACUGGCACAGGCAAACACGGCUGGCCAUACCAAGAAGACGGUCGUGUUCGCGAUCCUGUACAUUGGCUACGCUGUUGGUAAUCUCAUCGGACCUCAGACAUUCAUCGCCACUCAGGCUCCUGCAUACGUCGGCGGCACCAUCUCCAUGAUUGUCUGCUACUGUGUCUGCAUUGGAUUGAUGGCAUGCUACUGGGCUCUGGCCUCUUGGCAGAAUAAGAGGAAGAGUGCCGCGGCUAUUGAAUCUACCGCCACUGAGGACGCUGUGGAGUCCUUCUUGGACAAGACCGACUUUGAGCAGGAAGGAUUCGUCUACACUACUUAG